UGCGAGACCAUGUCAUUGUGAGUGUAAGAGAGCUGACAGCUAUUAGGAAUGUAACCAGGAUUUAGGUCAGUAAUGUCCACGGAACGAACACGGACCGUGCUCAAACAACGUUUCAUGACAGGUUAAUGACGGCAGAAAAACAGACCAAACUGAUGGUUGAUCACCAUUCCGGUCGGUUUGUGGAAGAGAAGAAUGUCCGUCGUCUUCGUAGUCUUCAUCGUCGUGUUGACGCUGACUUGCUUCGUCGACGCUGGUGAUGUACAGGAAUACCGCACAAUUGGCGCCAUGACCAAAAGUGUACCUGUGAAGAAUCUGGAUGCGUGUAGCCAAAAGUUAGUCUUCGAGGUGAAGGCAUGCAAAGAAGCUGGAGUGAUGAUAAAGACAAAGAAGGCCAAAGAAGCUGUUUUUUACAUAAUUGACAAGAAAGGACAACCAAAUUCCGUUUUGACAACACGCUCCGCUAGGGGAGGAAUGAAAACGUCCAUGUACGCCAAGAAACUCCUCGAUUGCAAGGCGUACAAGACAUUCUGGAUAAACUGGGCGAUGUCCGGUGUCGUUUCAGCAGGAAUUGGUAAUCAUGUUGGACAGAACGAAAUACUACGGACCGCACACAACAUAAAAGAUCCAUUAGUUGCUGUUUCACUCUUUACAGGGAUGAAGAAAAAAGGAUAUUGGAAACUUUCAAAAGAUGAACCUCCAGUGUUCCUCACCCCCUGGCCUGGUGUCGUCACCCAGAUUGAUGUCCCAGAAGACGCCGCGCUUGGCAAGGUCAUCUUCUCGGUUGAAGCUAAAGACCCGGAUGACAACGUCACGUAUGACGUCGUCGGUGACAGUAAAGAUAUAUUCAGCAUGAACGGGUCAGACCUGUCUUUACUUAAAGAGCUGGAUUACGAGACCCAAAGACUUCAUGGAGUGUUGAUAAGAGCAACAGGGGGCAAACUGGACACCAACGCCUCCAUCCUGGUCAGCGUCACGAACGUUCAGGAUGAACCCCCUUUGAUUCAGCUGUCUGCAACACAAACCAUCCCAGAAGAACUCCCCUUAGGGGAAGCGAUCCCAGGGCUGUAUACCGUCACACAGAGAGACAUGGACAAAGGCAAAGGUCUUAAGUACAAUCUAGAAGGAGAGCACUCCAAGUAUUUUGCCAUCAACGAUUUGUCUGGAGAACUCACGAUGGUGAACAGGUUGGACUAUGAAAACUCCACUUCACCUCGUGUACUUGACAGUUUAACACUUCAGGUCGAGGACGAAGCGGGUCGUAAAGCACGUGCAAAUCUGUCCUUGAGACUGGUUAACCUCGACGACAAUGCUCCUCGUUUCGAUGAGGUCGUAUACAAGGUGAAACUCCAGGAGCCGCAUGAUACAGGGAAACCAUUAGCCAGGAUCCGAUGCGAGGACCGGGACCUGGAGGACAACGUCAACCUGACGGUGAUUAUGAAACCAACAGAGUUCUCCGACAAGUUGGUCAUCAGAAGGACUGACGCGGUGUUUGAGCUGGACAUUAAGGACAAGGAGAAGGGCAUCGACCAGCUUGGGGAGGGGUUUACUGUGAUGCUGGAGGCGACAGAGUCCGACACGUCCCUGUCAAACACAGCGACAGCGUUAGUGGAGAUAGAGGUGUCCGGAGCGAACGACAACACGCCACAGUGGGUGUGGCCAGCGGGAGGAAACGUCCCAGGAAUCCCCCAGCUCAAGAUCCCUGAAAGUUACCCCCCUCUCACGACGAUCACGACGUUCAACGCUACCUUGGGCGCCGGCAGCAGCCCUGGCGACAUCGUGUACAGCAUAGCGUCGGUCAUGUCAGAUAUGAGAAAGGUUGCAUACGGCAAGUUCACAAUAGAUGAGAGGCAAGGGUACUUAAAGGCGCUCACCGUCCUUGACUGUGACAAACAAACUGGAGGUGUAAAUUUCUAUAUAAUCAAUGUCAAGGCCACGAAUAGACACGCCCCGAACAAGUAUUCUGUGCGCACACUAAAACUGUUCCUCACUGACGCAGAUGACAAUGCCCCGGUGUUUUCCGAGGGAUUCUACAGAAUCAAUACUGGUUGUCCCACGAAGGACGAGGAACAGGUGCUAUUAACUUUUAACGUCACUGAUUAUGACGUCACGUCUGUUUUGACGUUUACAAUGACACCUGAUAACAGCAAUUAUACCAGACUAGACAAAGCGAGGAGGGCGUUGGUGUUCAAACGUUUGCCGAACGGCACAACUGACCUCCAGGUGACCUUUGAGGUGAUGAAGGUGACAGCCUAUGACGUCAGAAAUCCAAAUCUUAACACGUCAGCUUACGUCAUGGUCUACUACAACGACUGUUCCACAAGUUCACAAGUUCCUCCUUGUUGA